GUGAGCCGAUGGGGGCGGGGAGGAGCCCGCCUGGGCCGGGACAAAAGCCGGAUCUCGGGCGUCUGCCUGUAGCGCCCUGGGGAGUGUGGUAAACCCGGCCCAGUGGAGGGAGAACCGCGCUCGUACUUUCGCGGAGAGGUAGGGCAGGUCCCUUUGCAGCUAUGUCAGCCAAGGCGAUUUCGGAGCAGACGGGCAAAGAACUCCUUUACAAGUACAUCUGCACCACCUCAGCCAUCCAGAACCGGUUCAAGUAUGCCCGGGUUACCCCUGACACAGACUGGGCCCACCUGUUGCAAGACCACCCCUGGCUGCUUAGCCAGAGCUUGGUUGUCAAGCCAGACCAGCUGAUCAAACGAAGGGGAAAGCUUGGCUUAGUUGGGGUCAACCUUACUCUGGAUGGGGUCAAGUCCUGGCUGAAGCCACGUCUGGGACAGGAGGCUACGGUUGGCAAGGCCAAAGGCUUUCUCAAGAACUUCUUGAUUGAACCCUUUGUUCCCCAUAAUCAGGCGGAAGAGUUCUAUGUGUGUGUCUAUGCUACCCGGGAAGGGGACUAUGUGCUGUUCCACCACGAGGGGGGAGUGGAUGUGGGCGAUGUGGAUGCCAAAGCCCAGAAGCUGCUCGUUGGUGUGGAUGAGAAGCUGAAUCCCGAGGACAUCAAGAAACACCUGUUGGUCCAUGCCCCUGAAGACAAGAAAGAAAUUCUAGCCAGCUUCAUCUCUGGCCUCUUCAAUUUCUAUGAGGACCUGUACUUCACCUACCUCGAGAUCAACCCCCUUGUUGUGACCAAAGAUGGCGUCUAUAUCCUCGACUUGGCAGCCAAGGUGGAUGCCACAGCUGACUACAUCUGCAAAGUGAAGUGGGGCGAUAUUGAGUUCCCUCCCCCCUUUGGGCGUGAGGCAUAUCCAGAGGAAGCCUACAUUGCAGACCUGGAUGCCAAAAGUGGAGCAAGCCUAAAGCUGACCUUGCUGAACCCCAAGGGGAGGAUUUGGACCAUGGUGGCCGGGGGUGGUGCCUCCGUCGUGUACAGUGAUACCAUCUGCGAUCUAGGUGGUGUCAACGAGCUGGCGAACUAUGGAGAGUACUCAGGUGCCCCCAGUGAACAGCAGACCUAUGACUACGCCAAGACCAUCCUCUCUCUUAUGACCCGAGAGAAGCACCCAGAUGGCAAGAUCCUCAUCAUUGGAGGCAGCAUCGCAAACUUCACCAAUGUGGCUGCCACCUUCAAGGGUAUCGUGAGAGCAAUUCGAGAUUACCAGGGUCCUCUGAAGGAGCAUGAGGUCACGAUCUUUGUCCGAAGAGGCGGCCCCAACUAUCAGGAAGGCUUACGGGUGAUGGGAGAAGUUGGGAAGACCACUGGGAUUCCCAUCCAUGUCUUCGGCACAGAGACUCACAUGACAGCCAUUGUAGGCAUGGCUCUGGGUCACCGGCCCAUCCCCAACCAGCCACCCACAGCAGCCCACACUGCCAACUUCCUCCUCAAUGCCAGUGGGAGCACGUCGACUCCAGCCCCCAGCAGGACAGCGUCUUUUUCUGAGUCCAGGGCUGAUGAAGUGGCACCUGCAAAGAAGGCCAAGCCUGCCAUGCCUCAAGAUUCAGUCCCAAGUCCAAGAUCCCUGCAAGGAAAGAAUGCCACCCUCUUCAGCCGCCAUACCAAGGCCAUCGUAUGGGGCAUGCAGACCCGGGCUGUGCAAGGCAUGUUGGACUUUGACUAUGUGUGCUCCCGAGAUGAGCCCUCAGUGGCUGCCAUGGUCUACCCCUUCACUGGGGAUCACAAGCAAAAGUUUUACUGGGGACACAAGGAAAUCCUGAUCCCUGUUUUCAAGAACAUGGCUGAUGCCAUGAAGAAGCACCCAGAGGUAGAUGUGCUGAUCAACUUUGCCUCUCUCCGCUCCGCCUACGACAGCACCAUAGAAACCAUGAAUUACUCACAGAUCCGGACCAUUGCCAUCAUAGCAGAAGGCAUACCCGAGGCCCUUACACGGAAGCUGAUCAAGAAGGCUGAUCAGAAGGGAGUGACCAUAAUAGGACCUGCCACGGUUGGGGGCAUCAAGCCGGGGUGCUUUAAGAUCGGGAAUACAGGUGGGAUGCUGGACAACAUUCUGGCUUCGAAGCUGUACCGCCCAGGCAGUGUGGCCUAUGUCUCACGUUCUGGAGGCAUGUCCAACGAGCUCAACAAUAUCAUCUCCCGAACCACGGAUGGUGUCUAUGAGGGUGUGGCCAUCGGCGGGGACAGGUACCCCGGCUCCACAUUCAUGGAUCAUGUGCUGCGUUACCAGGACACUCCAGGAGUCAAGAUGAUUGUGGUUCUUGGAGAGAUAGGAGGCACUGAGGAAUAUAAGAUUUGUCGGGGCAUCAAGGAGGGCCGCCUCACCAAGCCAGUGGUCUGCUGGUGCAUCGGGACCUGUGCCACCAUGUUUUCCUCUGAGGUCCAGUUUGGCCAUGCCGGAGCUUGUGCCAAUCAGGCUUCUGAAACCGCAGUAGCCAAGAACCAGGCUCUGAAGGAAGCAGGAGUGUUUGUGCCCCGGAGCUUUGAUGAGCUUGGAGAGAUUAUCCAAUUUGUAUAUGAAGAUCUUGUGACCAAAGGAGCUAUUGUACCUGCUCAGGAGGUGCCGCCCCCAACAGUGCCCAUGGACUACUCCUGGGCCAGGGAACUGGGUUUGAUCCGAAAACCUGCUUCGUUCAUGACCAGCAUCUGUGAUGAGCGAGGACAAGAGCUCAUCUAUGCGGGUAUGCCUAUCACCGAGGUCUUCAAGGAAGAGAUGGGCAUCGGCGGGGUCCUUGGCCUCCUCUGGUUCCAGAGAAGGUUACCCAAGUACUCUUGCCAGUUUAUAGAGAUGUGUCUGAUGGUGACAGCUGAUCACGGGCCAGCUGUCUCUGGGGCCCACAACACCAUCAUCUGUGCUCGGGCUGGGAAAGACUUGGUCUCCAGCCUCACCUCAGGGCUGCUCACUAUCGGGGAUCGGUUUGGGGGUGCUUUGGAUGCAGCAGCCAAGAUGUUCAGUAAAGCCUUUGACAGUGGCAUUAUCCCUAUGGAGUUCGUAAACAAGAUGAAGAAGGAAGGAAAACUGAUCAUGGGCAUCGGCCACCGAGUGAAAUCAAUAAAUAACCCAGACAUGCGAGUGCAGAUCCUCAAAGACUAUGUCAAGCAGCACUUCCCAGCCACCCCGCUACUUGAUUAUGCACUGGAAGUGGAGAAGAUUACCACCUCAAAGAAACCAAAUCUUAUCCUAAACGUAGAUGGUUUCAUCGGAGUUGCAUUUGUGGACAUGCUCAGGAACUGUGGGUCCUUUACUCGGGAGGAAGCUGAUGAAUAUAUUGACAUUGGAGCUCUCAAUGGCAUCUUUGUGCUGGGAAGGAGUAUGGGCUUCAUUGGGCACUAUCUUGAUCAGAAGAGGCUGAAGCAGGGGCUAUAUCGUCAUCCAUGGGAUGAUAUUUCAUAUGUUCUUCCGGAGCACAUGAGCAUGUAACUAAGCCAGGAACCCUACUGCAGUAAAGAGAAGACAAGAACUCCUCCCGGGAAAUAGCAUGAAGAUAACUGACUGUGGAGCCUGUUAUAGGAUGGAUCAAGAACGUAAAUCCCCCAUUGGUGUGCAGGAACUGAAGACCAACACCCACAGACUAACACCAUUCAUUCCAUACAAAGGAGCUUAAUAUUUUUUUUUUGUAAGCAUAGAAAUAAACAGCAAGCCAAUACUUGUGACAUUUGCUCUGCUACCUGCUGUAUUUAUUAUAUGAAAGCAUCUAAGCACUGUCAGAAUAGUGUAGGGUGUUAUGAUGUUGCUUUCUCUUUUCUAUUAAUUUUUUUUUCCUUUGGAGGAAGGGAAUGAUACAUUUAAACUACUCCAAUGUCUUAUUUUUCUGUUUCCCUUUCUUCCUCCUGAUAAACAUGAAGAACAUUGUAUUAAUCUGACUUGUAAAAGGGUCUUUUUGUAUGUUAUGUGUUAAGGGUUUAUUUAGGAACCCACUGAAAUGUUCUGUUACAGAUCAAAGUCUGGUUAUGUCAGCAGGGUGGGACCAUUGCAUCCUUAGCCAUUGUCACAGAUACAUGGAGUAGUACAUUUAAAAUGUAAAGUUGUAACAUACAUAUGUUUAAGAUGAAAAUGCAAAGCAAAAAGCUGUGAAAUGUCCUGUGUCUUAUGUUCUCUGUAUUUAUGCAGCUGACUUGUCUGUUACUGAAGUGUGGGUCCAAAGACUCAUUUUCAGCUACUUUGCAUCUGUAACCCACAAAGAUUCUGGGCAGCUGCCACCUCAGUCUCUUCUCUGUAUUAUCAUGUUUGGUUUAAAUAAACUAUAUAGUAACAA